AUGGCUCCGACCACAAUAAGGAAGGCGAUCGGGGCCGUCAAGGAUCAGACGAGCAUCGGGAUCGCCAAAGUAGCGGGAAACAUGGCCCCCGAGCUGGAGGUCGCCAUCGUCAAAGCCACCAGCCACGACGAUGACCCUGCCUCCGAGAAGUACAUUCGGGAGAUCAUCCAGCUCACCUCUUAUUCUCAUGGAUAUGUCAGUGCCUGUGUGCUUGCUGUCUCUAAGAGACUGGGGAAAACCCGGGAUUGGAUCGUGGCCCUCAAGUGUUUGAUGCUCGUCCACCGCCUGCUCAAUGAGGGUGAUUCUGUUUUUCAGCGUGAGAUUAUGUAUGCCACCCGCAGGGGAACUCGGCUCCUUAACCUCUCUGACUUCCGUGACGAGGCCCACUCGAGCUCGUGGGACCACUCAGCAUUUGUCAGGACGUACGCCCUCUACCUGGACCAGAAACUUGACCUGAUGGCUUACGAGCGGAAGCUUGGCGGUAAUGGGGGUGAGAUCGAGAGGUUCGGGGAUUCUAGAGAAGAGCCUUCGAGGGAUGUGAUUACUCCUCUGAGGGAGAUGAAGACUGAGAGGAUCUUUGGGAAGAUGGGCCAUUUGCAGAGAUUGUUGGAUCGGUUCUUGUCAUGCAGGCCCACCGGCCUGGCCAAGAACGAGCGCAUGAUUCUGGUGGCCUUGUACACUAUUGUGAAGGAGAGCUUCAAGUUGUAUGCAGACGUGUGCGAGAUUCUGGCUGUGCUUCUUGACAGAUUCUUCGACAUGGAGUUCGAAAAGCGAACAAGGAAGGGGGUUGGAGGUUUUCUACCUAAUGCUCACAUUAGAGGGGAGUUUGAACUGAAGGAAAAAGAGUGUUGA